CCCGUGUUCCUGGUCAGGCUGUUCAGCGUGCUGCUGGAGCAGGGUCCCGGCCGGCCCGGGGACGCCCCGCACACCGGGGGGAAGCCCGGGGGCUUCGACGUGAAGGCGUUGCGGGCAUUUCGCGUGCUGCGGCCACUGAGGCUGGUGUCUGGGGUUCCGAGCCUGCACAUCGUGCUCAAUUCCAUCAUGAAGGCGCUGGUGCCGCUGCUACACAUCGCACUGCUGGUGCUCUUCGUCAUCAUCAUUUACGCCAUCAUCGGCCUCGAGCUGUUCCUAGGACGCAUGCACAAGACCUGUUACUUCCUGGGAUCGGAUGUGGAAGCGGAGGAGGACCCCUCGCCCUGUGCAUCUUCUGGCUCGGGGCGUGCAUGCACGCUGAACCAGACCGAGUGCCGAGGGCGUUGGCCAGGGCCCAACGGUGGCAUCACCAACUUCGACAACUUCUUCUUUGCCAUGCUCACAGUGUUCCAGUGCAUCACUAUGGAAGGCUGGACCGAUGUGCUUUACUGGAUGCAGGAUGCCAUGGGGUAUGAGCUGCCCUGGCUGUACUUUGUGAGCCUCGUCAUCUUUGGGUCCUUCUUCGUCCUCAACCUUGUGCUUGGUGUCCUGAGUGGGGAGUUCUCCAAGGAGAGGGAGAAAGCAAAAGCCCGUGGGGACUUCCAGAAGCUUCGCGAGAAGCAGCAGCUAGAGGAGGAUCUACGGGGCUACCUGGACUGGAUCACACAGGCGGAGGAGCUGGACCUCGAGGACCCCUCGGCAGAUGGCGCCUCUGGUUCUGUGACUGAAGAGGGCCGGGCUGGCCAUCGGCCCCAGCUGGCUGAGCUGACCAGUCGGCGGCGUGGACGUCUGCGCUGGUUCAGUCACUCCACUCGCUCCACGCACUCUACCAGCAGCCAUGCCAGUCUCCCAGCCAGUGACACGGGUUCGAUGGCAGAGACUGCGGGCGACGAGGACGAGGAGGAGGGGGCUCUGGCCGGUUGUACACGUUGCCUAAACAAGAUCAUGAAAACCAAGGUCUGCCGCCGCCUCCGACGAGUAAACCGGGAGUACGCCAACAAAGUGUUGCUCUGCCUGUUCACUGUGGAGAUGCUUCUCAAGUUGUACGGGCUGGGCCCCUCUGUCUACGUCUCCUCCUUCUUCAACCGCUUCGACUGCUUCGUGGUUUGUGGGGGCAUCCUCGAGACCACCUUGGUGGAGGUGGGCGCCAUGCAGCCCCUGGGCAUCUCUGUGCUCCGAUGCGUGCGCCUCCUCAGGAUCUUUAAGGUCACCAGACACUGGGCAUCUCUGAGCAACCUGGUGGCAUCCCUGCUCAAUUCGAUGAAAUCCAUCGCAUCCUUGCUGCUUCUCCUCUUCCUCUUCAUCAUCAUCUUCUCUCUGCUUGGCAUGCAGCUGUUUGGGGGCAAGUUCAACUUCGACCAGACUCACACUAAGCGAAGCACCUUUGACACCUUCCCCCAGGCCCUCCUCACUGUCUUUCAGAUCCUAACAGGCGAGGACUGGAAUGUGGUCAUGUACGAUGGCAUUAUGGCCUAUGGUGGCCCCUUCUUCCCAGGGAUGCUGGUGUGCGUCUACUUCAUUAUCCUCUUCAUCUGUGGCAACUACAUCCUGCUGAACGUGUUUCUUGCCAUUGCUGUGGACAACCUGGCCAGUGGAGAUGCGGGCACUGCCAAGGACAAGGGCAGGGAGAAGAGCAGUGAGAGCAACCUCCCACAGGAGAACGGGGUGUUGGUGCCUGGUGGGGAGAAGGAGGAAGAGGAGGGUGCAAAGAGUGAAGGAGCGGUGCCAGGCAUGGAAGAGGAGGAAGAAGAGGAGGAAGAGGAAGAAGAGGAAGGAGGUGCAGGGCGUGUGGAACUCCUGCAGGAAGUUGUACCCAAGGAGAAGGUGGUACCCAUCCCCGAGGGCAGUGCCUUCUUCUGUCUCAGCCAGACCAACCCGCUGAGGAAGGCCUGCCACACCCUCAUCCACCACCACAUCUUCACCAACCUGAUCCUGGUGUUCAUCAUCCUAAGCAGCGUGUCCCUGGCUGCUGAGGACCCCAUCCGAGCACACUCCUUCCGCAACCACAUUCUGGGGUACUUCGAUUACGCCUUCACCUCCAUUUUCACUGUGGAGAUUCUGCUAAAGAUGACCGUGUUUGGGGCCUUCCUGCAUCGUGGCUCCUUCUGCCGUAGCUGGUUCAAUCUGUUGGAUCUGCUGGUGGUCAGCGUGUCCCUCAUCUCCUUCGGCAUCCAUUCCAGCGCCAUCUCAGUGGUGAAGAUUCUCCGAGUCCUGCGCGUGCUGCGGCCCCUCCGAGCCAUCAACAGGGCCAAAGGACUGAAGCACGUGGUGCAGUGUGUGUUCGUGGCCAUCCGGACCAUUGGGAACAUCAUGAUUGUCACCACGCUCCUGCAAUUCAUGUUCGCCUGCAUCGGCGUGCAGCUCUUCAAGGGGAAAUUCUACAGUUGCACUGAUGAGGCCAAACACACCCCCAAAGAAUGCAAGGGCUCCUUCUUGGUCUACCCUGACGGAGACGUGUCACGGCCCCUAGUUCGGGAGCGGCUCUGGGUCAACAGCGACUUCAACUUUGACAAUGUCCUUUCAGCCAUGAUGGCCUUGUUCACUGUCUCCACCUUCGAAGGCUGGCCUGCGCUGCUGUACAAGGCCAUUGAUGCGCACGCAGAAGAUGAGGGUCCCAUCUAUAAUUACCACGUAGAGAUCUCUGUGUUCUUCAUCGUCUACAUCAUCAUCAUCGCCUUCUUCAUGAUGAACAUCUUCGUGGGCUUCGUCAUCAUCACCUUCCGAGCCCAGGGCGAGCAGGAGUACCAAAACUGUGAGCUGGACAAGAACCAGCGCCAGUGUGUGGAGUACGCCCUCAAGGCCCAACCACUCCGCCGCUACAUACCCAAGAACCCUCAUCAGUACCGCGUGUGGGCCACUGUGAACUCGGCUGCCUUCGAGUACCUCAUGUUCCUGCUCAUCCUGCUCAACACCGUUGCCCUAGCCAUGCAGCACUAUGAGCAGACUGCUCCCUUUAACUACGCCAUGGACAUCCUCAACAUGGUCUUCACUGGCCUCUUCACUAUUGAGAUGGUGCUCAAAAUCAUCGCCUUCAAACCCAAGCAUUAUUUUACUGACGCCUGGAACACAUUUGACGCUCUUAUUGUGGUGGGCAGCGUGGUGGACAUUGCCGUCACUGAAGUCAACAAUGGUGGCCACCUUGGUGAGAGCUCGGAGGACAGCUCCCGCAUUUCCAUCACCUUCUUCCGGCUCUUCCGAGUCAUGCGGCUGGUGAAGCUUCUCAGCAAGGGUGAAGGGAUUCGCACGUUGCUCUGGACGUUCAUCAAGUCCUUCCAGGCCUUACCCUAUGUGGCUCUUCUCAUCGCUAUGAUAUUCUUCAUCUAUGCCGUCAUCGGCAUGCAGAUGUUUGGCAAGGUGGCUCUUCAGGAUGGCACCCAGAUCAAUCGGAACAACAACUUCCAGACCUUCCCGCAGGCCGUGCUGCUUCUGUUCAGGUGUGCCACUGGGGAGGCAUGGCAGGAGAUCAUGCUUGCCAGCCUUCCUGGGAGUCGAUGCGACCCUGAGUCUGACUUUGGCCCUGGCGAGGAGUUUACCUGCGGUAGCAAUUUUGCCAUCGCUUAUUUUAUCAGCUUCUUCAUGCUCUGUGCCUUCCUGAUCAUAAAUCUCUUUGUGGCUGUGAUCAUGGACAACUUUGAUUAUCUAACCAGAGACUGGUCCAUCCUGGGCCCCCAUCACCUUGAUGAAUUCAAGAGGAUCUGGUCUGAAUACGACCCUGGGGCCAAGGGCCGCAUCAAGCACCUGGAUGUGGUUGCCCUGCUCAGACGCAUCCAGCCCCCGCUGGGAUUCGGGAAGCUGUGCCCACACCGAGUGGCCUGCAAGAGACUUGUGGCAAUGAACGUGCCCCUCAACGCAGAUGGCACAGUGACAUUCAAUGCCACUCUCUUUGCCCUGGUCCGGACAUCCCUGAAGAUCAAGACAGAAGGGAACCUGGAGCAAGCCAACCAGGAGCUGCGGAUGGUCAUCAAGAAGAUCUGGAAGCGGAUAAAGCAGAAACUGCUUGAUGAAGUCCUGCCCCCUCCGGAUGAGGAGGAAGUCACCGUGGGAAAAUUCUAUGCCACAUUCCUGAUCCAGGACUAUUUCCGCAAAUUCCGGCGCAGGAAAGAAAAAGGGCUGCUAGGGGCCGAGGCCCCCUCAAGCACCUCCUCUGUCCUCCAGGCCGGUCUGAGGAGCCUGCAGGACCUGGGUCCUGAGAUCCGGCAGGCCCUCACCUGUGACACGGAGGAGGAGGAGGAGGAAGAGGGACAGGCUGAAGAGGAGGAGGAACCCGAGAAAGACCCAGAAACACACAAAGCCCCGGUGGACUCCCAGCCCCCAUCUCGCCGGGGAUCCAGGAUUUCUGUGUCUCUACCUACUGGGGACAGACCUCCAGAUUCACUCACCCUUGGGCCCAGCGAUGAUGAUGGCGGGGCUCCCAACACCAGACAGCCCAGUGCGUCCCAGGCUGGAUCCCACAGUCACAGGAGAGACUCUGGGGUGUUCAUGUUCACCAUCCCAGAAGAAGGGAGUCCUCAGUUCCAGGGAACUAGCAGGCAAGACAAGCAGGAUGAGCAAGAAGAAGCCGCCGACCAGCUCUCCUUCGUGGAUGAGCAGACGGGGACGCCCCCGCACCCACUCCUUCCGCCGCCUCAGAGACCCCAGCGAUAUGUGAACGGGCACCAUGCACCACGUCGCCGCCUGCUGCCCCCCACGCCUGCAGCUCGGAAGCCCUCCUUCACCAUCCAGUGUCUGCAACGCCAGGGUAGCUGUGAAGAUUUACCCAUCCCUGGCACCUAUCAUCGCGGGCGGAACUCGGGGCCCAGCAGGGCACAGGGCUCCUGGGCCACCCCUCCUCAGCGGGGUCGGCUCCUGUAUGCCCCACUGCUGCUGGUGGAGGAGGGGGCAGCAGGGGAGGGAUACCUGGGCAAAGCCAGCAGGCCACUGCGCACCUUCACUUGCCUGCAUGUACCUGGAACCCACUCGAACCCUGGCCAUGGCAAGAGAGGCAGUGCCGACAGCCUGGUGGAAGCUGUGCUCAUUUCUGAAGGCCUGGGCCUCUUUGCCCGAGACCCGCGCUUUGUGGCCCUGGCCAAGCAGGAGAUUGCGGAUGCGUGUCGCCUGACUCUGGAUGAAAUGGACAGUGCUGCCAGUGACCUGCUGGCACAGGGGAGCAGCUCACUCUACAGUGAUGAGGAGUCCAUCCUGUCCCGCUUGGAUGAUGAAGACCUGGGGGAUGAAAUGGCCUGCAUCCACGCCCUCUGAAAUCCCACCCCUCCA